AUGCUCUGCAAGAACUGUUCAGAUGUCGAUAUUGUCGCUGCGCUGAGUGGGAAGUACCAGAAUGGUGUGAAAAUUUCUGAGGCCCCGUACGAGGAUGGUGUUUGGAUCUCGCGUACGUCCAAUCCAGAGUUGGUGUGGGUUUGGGAAGAAGAAAAAGGAUGCGAGUUUUGUGAAUUUCUUGAAUUUGUGUCGAAAAAUUUCAAGCCCGAUAGAAGAUUCUUGGACAUCGAUAAUAGUCUCAACAUCAAACCGUGUAGCCUAAUGGUCCACGGACAAGAUCCACACGGAUUCGACUCUCCUAUGCUGGAUCCACGUUCUAUUGCGCCUUUCCUAUCACCUUCUUAUAUAAUUGCGCAUCCAUCUAUAAAGAUGAUGUUUAUCAAUCCGUAUGAUACGAGCCCGCAUAGACCCGUUCACUACUACGCGUCUUACGCGUCUUCCCAUGAAGUCGCAUUUGGUCCUUCAGAAACAAUUGAUAUGACAGAUAAUGAGCCAACAAUCCGCGAGCUGUCAAUUAAAUCCGACCUUAGUACUUUCAGGGAUCGCUUGCAUACUUGCAUUCAGCAGCACGAUCGUUGCCAACUGAUCAAAAAUGAAAAUAUAAGAUCUCCUAGCCAUCUUCGAGUCAUAGAUUGCUCAUCGCACAACUUUAUUCUGGCCCCAAAGAAUGCUCGAUAUGCAGCUUUAAGUUAUCAGUGGGGCAAUAGCGCCAGCGCAUUUGACUUAGCAACAAACACAAAAUUGCCUACCGCCCUACCAGCAAGUAUCAAAGACUCUAUUGCGGCCACAUUAUCACUUGGUUUAAAAUACCUCUGGGUCGAUGCAUAUUGCAUCGUACAAAAUAACGAAGAUGACUUUAAGUAUCAAAUUCGACAAAUGGAUCUCAUUUAUCAGCUUGCAACGAUCACAAUCAUCGCAGCCACAGGUACCAACUCUGACUCCGGUCUUUCAGGGGCCUCACAUAUAGGCAGUCGCGUCCAGGCAAAAGCCGCGUUCCGUGGUUUUUCUCUCCUGACUUUCUCAACUAUAACACCGCGGUCCAUACAACUAUCAGGCUGGUGCUCCCGAGGAUGGACAUAUCAAGAAGGCUUCUUUUCCAGACGAACACUUCUCUUCGCUGAAGACCAAAUCUUGUUUAAUUGCGAGGAAGGAACAGUGGCAGAAAGUCACACAUAUUGUCGAAAAGAACCAUUAUUAUCAAAAUGGCGAUUGAAUAUGCCAAGCUGGAGCAUUUAUAUGAUUAUCGAAGACUUCUCCGGACGUCACCUGACCUUCCCCGCCGAUAUUCUGAAUGCAUUCGAAGGUGUUUUGAACACCUUUUGUAACAUGGAGCUUGGGUUCAAAACGUAUUGGGGAAUUCCUAUGCCUUGGCCACAUGACCACAAAAGUUCUAGUUCUACGAACUUCCUUCGGGGUCUUUCUUGGAGGGCAGCGGGGAAAGGAAGGGAACUUUGCCGACGAGAAGGCUUCCCAAGCUGGUCAUGGACUGGAUGGAUUGGACCAGUCAACUAUUUUAUGGUAUAUGGUGUCUCUGGUAUUGAAAUGAAGAACUAUUCGGAAUGGAGGGUCGAUGCUGAAUUAGACAGCCGUACAAAGAAGUCAAGGAUAGAAACUGAGUCUAUCACUUCCACUGAUAAGAAAGAAAAUAUGACUUCAGGCAGACUUUGGAUCUCAGGUCCUUCAGUGCGAGUCAUAAUAAAGGAGAUGUCAACUGGCCUCGACAAGAGCUAUUAUCUAAGUUUAGAUGAUCCUGAUAGUAAAAAGAUCUGGUUUAUACUCUUGGACGCCAGAUUUGAGUAUCUUGAUCCGCUCAAUGAAUCUUUUGGCACUGACACACGAAGAGGCUAUGCUAUAUGGUUGUAUUCAAACAACAUUAAUAGUCUAGAAGAUAAUGUCUUUCUGCUAAUUUCAAGAAGAUUGAAUUGA